AAAAAAAAGAGAAUCAUGUACAACUUGAGACGGAGGAGAGAGUCUGUCGCCACAGUUUAUAGAAAGACAACAAAAUUUUUGACCACCAACACAGCUAUACUGUUGAAGAAGAUGCCUAACAAUAAAAAAAACGAUACGCUGCCGAAAGUAGAAGAAGAAAAUAAAAAUGAGACAACCACAAAAACUGUUGACCCACAAAUAGAUUCUGAUGAAGACCGUCAUUCAGGAGACCAUGACUUGGAUUACUACUUAGGAAUAAAACAGAAACACACAUUCUGGAGCGAUCCAGCAGGUUUGGAACAAAUAAGAAAGGAUUAUCUCAUAUACCAUCGCGGAAUAUCGGAGGAGGAAUACGAGAGUCGGUACAAAAGAAAAGUGUCUAAACCUUCGUGCACGGUUCAACCGAAAUUUAAACAGGUGCCGUUCAAAAUACACAAAAAAAGUAAGAAAGCGAAUAGCAUAAGAGAGGGCAUGGCUGAGUCGUGGGUCGAAAAAAAGGGGAUUUUCAAACUAUUCGGUAACAGACGAGAAAGUGAGUCGACAUCAGAUAGUUACAGCGAAUGCGAAUCAAACGACGACGCGAAACAUUCCGACAUUAUCAAUAUUGAUUGUGACAGUAGAGAUGAAGAGGAUGAGAUAUUGGAUAUAGCUGACGAGAUAAAUAAGAUCACUACUCAGGAUAGAUUAAGGAAAAUAAUGGGCGUUCGGAUAAAGGAGGUGUCUGAAGGCAGGCCGUGUGACAACUGUCCCGAACUCUGUCACGGAUUCGCACCACACCCUUGGAGGAAAACCUGCAAGUCCUGUGGGUGUGAUCGUCUCCAGCACUCCGUGUAUCAUGAGGAAUUAGUCUCUGUACGAGACCGUCUCGGUCUGCGGAACAAUAGGACUAACUCAUACGAUAACAGCCUGCCCGGACUCACCGCGAAACAGACGGAGUUAUAUUUUUCGUCGCUAGCUGACCGCACCCCGACGCUAGGUGGCGCUACGGGCCAAGCGGCGUGGCGCGCGUGGCGGACUCGGGCCCUCGCGGUACAACUGCCGCAACAGGAUCUAUCGCUGGCGCACUGCAAACAUAUUGAUGACGCUCACCGCAAGCACUAUGAGGACUUCGUGGCCGCUAGGAACGAGAUCGCCUUGGACAUUGGAGUUGCUCUUCAGCACUAUGGCCAGCCGUUGGACUGUAUGGGGUGCAGCAAGUCGAUUCGUAAUGGAGGGAUGGCGGUACAGGCCCCAAAGAUCAGUGAAGAGGCGUACUUCCACCCAGCUUGCUUCACGUGCUCCGAGUGUGAUGAACUGCUGGUAGAGUUGGCCUACUGUACUCUUGACGGAAGACUGUUCUGCGUCCGGCACUACUCGGAGCAACUGAAGCCAAGGUGCCAUUCGUGUGAUGAGCUCAUUUUCAGCGGUGAAUACACCAAGGCGAUGAACAAGGACUGGCACAGCGGUCACUUCUGCUGCUGGAAGUGCGAUGAGUCCCUCACCGGACAACGCUACGUCCUGAGAGAUGAACAGCCCUAUUGCAUCAAGUGCUACGAGGGUGUCUUCGCCAACGGAUGCGAGGAAUGCAACAAGAUCAUCGGCAUCGACUCCAAGGAUCUGUCGUACAAAGACAAGCACUGGCACGAGGCCUGUUUCCUCUGCGCUAAGUGUCGCGUCUCUCUGGUGGAUAAACAGUUCGGCUCCAAGUUAGACAAGAUCUACUGCGGCAACUGUUACGACGCCCAGUUCGCCAGCCGCUGCGAUGGAUGCGGAGAGGUCUUCCGAGCUGGCACCAAGAAGAUGGAGUACAAGACUCGACAGUGGCACGAGAAGUGUUUCUGCUGCGUGGUGUGCAAGAAAGCCAUUGGGACCAAGAGCUUCAUCCCUCGGGAACAGGAGAUCUACUGCACUGGUUGUUACGAGAAUAAGUUCUCUACGCGCUGCGUCAAAUGCAAUAAGAUUAUAACGCAAGACGGCGUGACGUACAAGCACGAGCCCUGGCACCGCGAGUGCUUCACCUGCACACACUGCAACAACUCGCUGGCCGGGGAGCGCUUCACCUCCAGAGACGAGAAGCCAUACUGCAGCGAAUGUUUCGGGGAACUGUUCGCCAAGAGAUGCACCGCAUGCAGCAAGCCCAUCACCGGUAUCGGUGGCACGCGUUUCAUCUCGUUCGAGGACCGCCAUUGGCACAACAACUGCUUCCAGUGCGCUUACUGCAAGGUGUCUCUCGUCGGGAAGGGAUUCAUCACUGUGGAACAGGACGUCAUUUGCCCCGAGUGCGCCAAGCAGAAGAUCGUGUAAAUAACCAGCAUCCAUCCAUCUCUCGCUUCAUCCGCUCAUCCGAACCGAUAACACAUGAACCGCAUGAACCCACGCCACCAUAUAAAGCUUGUCUUCGCUAGGUGUGACAGCUUGCAUGUCUCCAGAUGGAGGUGUAGCUUACACACCAUGACGUUGUGAGCGUCCUUCACUUUAUAGUAAAUACAGAUUUUGCUCGCAGCGUUAAAACAGCUAUACCGUUAGUAGAAAAAGCGAGAGACUGGUGCUUCAGCCGCGACCACUCCGACUUUGAUAUGAACUCUUUCAAGGUCAAUCACUAGCGAUAUUUUUAUACAAAAAAAAAACACGAAAAACUAUCAAAAAAAAUGUGAAUGCACAAAUAUUUAUUCGCUUCCCUUAUUACAGACACACGAGGUGUUUAUAUAUUUUGUUUGUUACUAAUGUCAUUCAUAUAUUUUCUGUGACUGUGUCUGUGCUAAUUGCCAUAUAUCUUUGCUUGAGCCGUCGUUGUAUUUAAUCAGGUAAUGAUUCUGUCAAUUGUUCUAGUGCAAUUCACACGAUGCCUUAAUAACAUAUCUAAGUCAAUUUCGAAUAUAUUUUGUGUUGUAAUGUGACUAUUAUAGUUUGAAAACAUUUCAUAUAGGCCGGUGUUGCCAGACAUUUUGUUAUUUUAAAAAGCGCUUGUCAGUUUCGAUAUUAACAUAUACUGAGCGUAUAUAUGAUUUCUUUAAUGUAUGUUUAUGUAACUAUUUAUUAGAUACGCACUGUAAAUCUAUUAUUUAAUGAUCUUUUUAAGAUUUGAGUCGAUCAGUGUUGCCAUAGCCGAUAGUCAAGGCAGAUCGCUUUCUAACAUAAAUGACGUAAGUCGUGUUUACUAAUAAAAAAAAAGUAAUAAUAAUAUAUAUUGGUUCUCACGCGAGAAUAACUUGUUACGAUAUAGUAAUUGAAUGUUAUAUUUUUAAAGAUAUUGAUACUAUUUUUGUAGCUCUAGAGUGUAUAUUAAGACAGUACCAUCGGUAAGACGACCACGUCUGGGAACAUUGUAAGGUUUAUCGCUAAGGGUUAAAUUAUUGAAAUGUUAAUAAAUGAUUUUUAAUUUCUAUACAUUACGUGCUUAGCUGUGUGAUCUGAUCUAAUAUAAACUUGUCGACCCAUAGAUUGUAUAAACAAAGAAAGUUAAUUAAAUGAUAGAAAAUAUCUUUA